AUGAAGAGAGGCGCUUUGCGCGACCUCGACAAGAAAAGUUGCGUCAGCUCCGUAGUGGCGCGAGGAACCGAUGUCCAAAGAUGGGCCGCAACGUAUCAGCUCAUUCGCAUCACCAGGCCACUAGUCGAUAUCAUCGGAAACAUUGAGGGCCGUGACGCAAAUCUUGCGGACUGUAUGCUCGAGUUGAUUUGGGCACACCGGGAGGUGAACCGUCGCCUAGCGUAUGAAGAGGGCGAUGACAUCGGCUUUCUCUCGCACACCCGCCGCACCCUCAACGAUCAGUUUCAUGCCAUGAACACGGACUUGCAUUGGUUUGCACUCUUCCUGCACCCAUUGUGCCGUCGUCUCGCUGUUUCCUCGGCUUCUCAUUCUCGCAACAUCACGGCCGCAGUCAGCAUUGCCUUGGGCAUUGCAUACAAGUGGAGGUGGACGAAGACACAGACACAGAAGCUCAUUACCGACAUCAAGAACUACGGCAUAGUGAAGGACUCUUUUGGCGGGGCGAAGGCCGAUGGAAAGGCCUGGUGGGAGGAGCUGGUGGUUGAUGCGAGAGAACACCCACUGAAAACUAUGGCCGUGCGUAUCUUGACCAUUGUCCCCCACGCCGCGGACGUUGAGCGACUAUUCUCGAGCCUCGGAGGAAUCCAGUCGGUCCGACGAUCACAACUCACCAUCCCCCACAUGGAGACUUUGGGAGCUCUCCGCAACUACUACAAUGCUGAACUACAUGAUCUCACUGUCAAAAUGGGCAAGCAGACUCGCCGCAGACACACCCAUAUGCACACGCGGGACGAGCCAGGAGUCAAUGCUGCCCGUGCUCAAGAACUUCUUGCCAGCUUCGUAUGGACAGGGCCUCUCACUGCGACACCGGACCAUCUCGAAGACAUCCUCGCAGGCCCUGAAGGUAUCACCGACGACGAUAUCGAGCGCGAAUUCGCGCUCCUCGAGUCUGCUGUCACCGUUGAAGCUGGUAGCGACGGCGGCGAUGGCCUGUCACCAGCUGUCGGGCUUGAGGAAGUAUACAAUCUAGAUGAGUUAGACGCUGUUCGUAUGGGUGUGGCCCCUCCUACCCAUUCAGAAGAACACAUCAUGCACACUGAUCCCUCUGAAGAACAGACCACUUGGACACCUGAAAGCCUGCUCGCAGAGAUGGAUCAUUAG